UAGUCACUGGGGGCGCGCUCGCGCACAGUACACAGCCGGCGGACAGGCGGCCGACGCAGAGUGGCUAUGGACACCGCGAACGGGGUAGUGGCCGGUGCUGAUGCCGUCGCCGUCGCGCUGUCGCUGCUGCUGUUCGUCGUGCUCCUGAUGCUGGCGGCCGCAUCGGCGUGCGGCCGCGGGCCCUGGACCGCGCGCCGCCGACCGGCCACAGCCACAGCCGCCGCCCGCACCGUCGCGCUAGACGGGCCGACGGCGUACCCGGUCAUCGGGUCGCUGCACGUCAUGAACGGGCACAGUGACAAUCCGUUCCGCCGGUUCACCGAGCUGGCCCAACGGUACGGGCCCGUUUACGCCAUGACCAUGGGAUCGAUGCCGUGCGUGAUCGUCAACGAUUACCCGUCCAUCAAGGAAGUGCUCAUCACCAACGGUUCCAAGUUUGGCGGACGGCCCGACUUUUCUCGAUACAACGUGCUCUUCGCUGGAGACCGUAACAACUCUCUGGCGCUGUGCGAUUGGUCGUGGCUUCAAGAGACCAGGCGGAAGAUUUCUCGAAUGUACUGUUCCCCGAAAGUGUGUUCGUCCAACUACGCUCUGCUGGACUCCGUCGCGUCCGACGAACUGGACACAUUUUUGGAAUCGUUGGCCGCGGUCACCGAGCGCGGUUCCGAGCGCGCGGUACAGGUGAAGCAGCCGUUGCUGAUGGCCUGCGCAAACAUGUUCGUCCGGUUCAUGUGCUCGACGCAGUUCGAGUACGGCGACCCCGAGUUCCAGACCAUGGUCCGGACGUUCGACGAGAUAUUCUGGGACAUCAACCAAGGCUACGCGGUGGACUUCUUGCCGUGGCUGAGGCCGUUCUACGCGGGCCACAUGCGAAAGCUGUCCGCGUGGUCGGCGCACAUCAGACGGUACAUAAUGGACACGGUCGUGUCGAAGAGGAGCAGUUACGCGAAGGCUGUGGCCGCCGAGGCGGACGGCACCGGCGGCGGCGACGACGGCGACGAACAAGAACCGGCAGACUUCACGGACGCUCUGCUCAUGAGCCUGCCCAAGGAACCCAGGCUCAAAAUGGACCACGUGCUGUUCGAACUCGAAGACUUCAUCGGCGGCCAUUCGGCCGUCGGCAACAUGGUCAUGCUUGCCCUGUCCAUGGUGGCCACCAGACCGCACGUGGCCCGAGCGAUCCGAGAAGAGGCCGAACGGGUCACCGGCGGCCAACGUUUGGUCCGCCUCUACGACAAGCCGGACAUGCCGUACACCGAGGCCACUCUGUUCGAGACGCUGCGCAUCAUCUCGUCGCCCAUCGUUCCACACGUGGCGACCGAGGACACUACGAUCAAAGGUUUCAAAAUACCAAAAGGCACGUGCAUCAUACUUAAUAAUUAUGAAAUCAACACCAGCCCGACGUACUGGGACGACCCGGAAGUGUUCGACCCGAAUCGUUUUGUACACCGCAAGUCCGACGAAAAGCCGUACAUCCGGAAACCAGAAUACUUUCUGCCGUUCAGCACCGGUAAAAGAACGUGCAUUGGACAGCAAUUGGUUUCCGGGUUUGGGUUCGUACUGCUCGCCGGCGUACUGCAGAGGUACGAAGUAAAGGCCUCUGCUCAAUUGGUAAUACCCGAGGCGCGUCUUGCUCUGCCGCCCGACACGUACCCGUUAAUAUUGAAACCGCUCGACUAAUUUCCAUAGAAUUGGACUUCGAUUAUAAAUAAUAAAUUGUUAUGCAAUCACGUUGACAUCAGACUAACACGGCCAUCAUUAUCGUUGUAUACUAAAUUAGAUAACUAUUGACUAUUGUACAUACCUAUAAACGCAUAUAAUACUAUUAUAUUGUAUUAUAUUAU